AAAUAUCGACUCAUCGGAGACACUGCCUCAACAUCAUCAAAAUUGAGUCUUCUGAUGAUGUUGAGGCGAGCAGUCUCCUCACCGAGAGCCAAUCACAGCACCUCAACCAGUAUGGCUCAGCUGGAAGGCGUAAGAGGGAUCCUCCAAAAUCAAACGACAAUCAACCAAACAAGAAGCCGCGAGCCAAAAAAUGCAAUGUUUGCGAUUCUCCACUUCACGUCAAGGCCCUGUGCCCACUCGUCACGUGCCGCAACUGCGGCCAACAAGGCCACAUCGCAACUCUCUGCACCAAAACUCCCGAGCAGAUCGAGGCUGAUCGUGCUGCUCAGAAGGCCCUCGCUGAGGAGACUGCUCGCCUCAACAAGCACCACAUUAUGUUUCAGAGGUGAAGAAGGAGAACUUCAGUUGUCUCUCAUUUUGAACAAGUAAGAUAGGCCUCUAUAGUAAGGAAAUGGACCUUUACGUUCAAUUCUUGCACGCUUUCUGUAUUUCUCUGCGCUUCGGGAUGGUUCGGAGGUGCUGAAUAUGU